GUUCACCAUCAUGCGGAUAUCCAUCCAUAAAAGUACUCGAAGAUAUCUAGGGGCACUGGCGGGUCUCUUCCUUCUCACUUGCCUCGUCCUCCAGGCGCAAGUCAUGUGGACGUGCGAAGGUCCUGGUAAGACGAGCUGGAAGCACGAACCAAUUCCACAGUGCUUCUUAGGGAAGGAAGUUGCAGUCGCGCAGGUCAUAACUGACGUACUCGCCGAUCUCUUUCUGAUUAUCGCACCGGUUCGCCUGGUUUGGAAAGUACGGCUGUCUCGUCCUCAGAAAAUCCGCAUCAUCGCCAUAUUCUGUUCGGCAUCUGCUACGACAAUCGUUAGUCUAUGCCACGCAUACUUCCUUCUCACUGUGGGAGGUCUCAAGGAGAUUAUGGCGGGUAUAGUCGAGAUGUCCGUCAGCCUCAUCGUAGCCAACUUGAACGUCAUUGUCGCCGUCGUAUACCGCAUCAGCUCUGACAAUACCGAUAUCGAGAAAUCUGACAAGCAUAUCGUUACCUUCGGCGCACUUCCUAGUCGAAGAAGGCGUCCACAGUGGACCGACUUGGACAGCGAGUCUGUGCCCGCGGAACGACCAUUUAACCACCUCCAGUUUCACGUCACCACGACAAUUCAAUCAGAGUCGGCUGUCGAAACCGAAGAAAUACCAGUCAGUCCAAAGGGUUCGCAAAAUG